AUGGCUACGUCAGAAAAAUCCCCGAGCGCUAUGCUUUCCCAGUCGGAGGGGGGAUCGAUAGAAGAUGAGGAAAAAGACCCUCAGGAAGAGCUACCAAGUUGUAUAAAACUACAACUCAAUGAUCAUAUUAAGGCUUAUAUUAAAAGGAACACCUUACUAAGAGAUCAUGUAGAGUCUAUAGAUUGUAAUCAAAAUAUAGUAGAUAAAGUAAUUUUAAACUAUAUUAUAGCUAAGCAGAUAUUAAGUAACUUGGAUUGGCAAGACAAGAUGCUCUGUAACAAUGUCUGCACCACUUGGCACUCUGCUGUUCAAAGCUUGAUCAAAGAGAACACCCGCCCGGAAGAUUUCGUUAUUGACUUUCAUCCCCGCUCCUUGAGUUGCAAGACUCAUUUUAGGAAGUCGGGCAACUUUAACAAGGAGCCUUUGGUGGUUAUCAAUUUUGCCAACAUCUCGGCUUACACCAUGACACAUCAGUGUAAGAACAUUGAGCCCAGAACCUGUCAACCAAGCUGCAAGAGAGCUCAUAGCUUUUUAGAUGUAAUUUACAAGUACACAAGUGCUCCAAAGGACUGCAUGAUCACAAUAAAAUCGGAUUAUUUGAGCUACAUGCCUCUGCCGCAGUCAGUAACCUCUCGUCAUACAAUCACCCACCUUAAAUCAGCUCCGUUCAUUGGAGGGUUGUACAUACCCAGUAUACCAGAUGUUGAAUUCCACAGAAUAAAUAUAAAAUCUUACAAUAAUAUGAAGGAGGAUUUCUUUGAUGUUGUUGAGAGGCUGUCAACGACACGAAUUUUUAAGGGCAUUGUCGUCUUUGUGACAGAUAAAUACUUGCUACACACUGUAGAAGAUAUUAUACUACUCAACCAUUUUAAGAAAGUACAACCAGAUAUUCCUUAUGCAUUGGGGGGUUGUAUUGUAGACGACACAAUCUUUGACCAUAAUGACAUACAGGGUGUUGUGGAUUCUAUCAACGAAAACAAACAUUAUAUAAGUGAAAACUUGAUAUCCAUUGCUGCAUUCACUGUACCAAAAGAUAAAGGAAAUGCUGAAAGCAACUUUGACAUGUUUUCAUUAAUUUUGGACUCAUCAGAAUGGUCAAAAGCUAAAAUUGAACAUUCAAUAUCUGAGUUUUCUAAACAAGUGCCACGCUUUGAGCACAGUGCUGCACUCAAGCUAUCCUGCGUUGGACGGGACCAGAAGCACAAGUUCGAGCAGGACUGUUUUAGAUCUGCUUUCCCAGAUACACCGAUAGUAGGAUGCUAUGGGAAUGGUGAAAUCGGUGCUAAUAAUCCUAUCAAGCCAGAACUACCAUGUACGAGCCCAUCUUUGGCUAAGAAGAAGCGUGAGGCUGGUCCGCAGUUUGGUAUCAUGUACUCCUACUCUACUGUAUUUAUGUACAUGGGCUGGGGAAGAAUUAUUUCUCCCAUGGGCCCCGUCACGAAGUGAUCAGUAAUUUACUACAUAAAUGCAUAUUACUGUGUUGUAUUUAAGUAAGAUAUAGGUCACGCCAAUAUUAAGAACGGUUGAUGAUACUGUGA